ACUACGUCCGAUGUUUUUUUCAUCGUUGCCAUUUGGUCUGUCGCCAUUUACAGUACAAUCGCAAGUUGUAACAAUCCGAAGAAUAUUUUCACUCUAUUCUGUACUAGCUGUGGUGAUUCUAACCUUAUUUUACUGCUAUGUAUUCUAUUUAUGUUAUUCGCGUUUCAAACGCUGCACGAUGACGCCGAAUAUGAAUUAUGCCGCGGUUUUCCAGUGGACGGCUCACUGCUCUCGAAUAUGGCGUCUAUGGAUAACACUAACCUGACACUUACAGAUGAUUACGACGCAGCUGAAGAAACGCAACACACUUUUUGUAAGAUUGCAACAGAAGAAUUACAAGCGACAGCGAAUGCGACCAUCACGCGUGAGUUAAAAGGCGUUUGUACAUCAAAAGAACUUAAACGUGCAAUGGCCGUUAUUACGCGUGACAUUCAAACGCUCAAAGACGCGUUGAUAGUACAAAGUGGUGGCGCUGGUGUCGCACGGCAAAUCAAACGCAACAAACGCAAAAUCUACUUGACUUGUUCGCUGUUUCUAAUACACACAAUGAAAAUAAUCUGUUAAUAAACAAAAGCGAUGGGCGAUACUCAUACUACUGGACACUUACCGAUGUUGAACAGUAUUUAUACGAAGGUGUCACUUUAAAAAGUCCAAUUAUUACAUUUCAAGGUUAGUUUUUGACGUUUUAACUUAAUUUUAGCGAUGAUUUAUACUCAAAAAAACUUGUUUUAGGUGUUAAAUACUUUCUACGACUUACAAUCACAGACCGCAAUGUGAAAAUACAACUUUUAACAAAAAAUCCACCCGAUUUGACACUGACAGCCUACACAGUCUACGUUUUGAGUAAAAAUGGCGUAAAAGAUUUACGUCUGGACGAAUCCAACGCAUACAGCGCCACCUUGCGCCGCAUUCGUCAAUUCAAACACGAUACCAACACGUUAUACAUAAAACUAGUCAUAGAAUAACAAAACGCUUAAAAUCUAACCUCUAUUGUGUUAAGUUUCGUUUUAAAAUUCAUUACAUCCACUAAAUUCACAAACAAACACCUAAUAAAUCCAGUAUAAGUACCGUCGUGCUUGUAAGAAACUUGUUUAAACUCUUUAAUCUUAUUAAAGUUAAAAUUUAACUACAA